GUGCGCUGGCUUUCGCGUUCCACAGAGAGAGCCGUCGCUCUCAGACAUCGCAUUUUCCUACGAACAGAAAACUCAUACGCAAGCACUCUGUUUUAUCCUGCACUCUGCGGCGUUCCGCUGGAUGUCUGCGCUUGCACGCCGUGGAUAAGGCUUCCACAGAGAUCAGCAUGGAACGCAGGAAGCAGAGCAAGACCCGAGGUAGCCAGGAUGACAGCCAGGAUCAGGUUCCUUCUACUUCAGGUUGCAGGAGGACUCCAGCGGCGGCAGUGGAACCCCCGGAGCCUGGCGCAGGCCAACUCCUUCCCGCCACUCUCUCGGAAGUGACGGCACCGUCGCCUGCCGAUUGCCAGAACGUUUUCAGAAGGGCGGUGCAGGAGCCAAACUCGCUGACCACGGACGACCUGAAACUGCUCGCGGUUGCCAUUUGCCAGUCAGCCAUCCGCAAGGCCAACUACGCCAUUCCAGCCGCCGAAUUUUGCCUCACCAUCAUCGAGCGUGGUGAACGUGCCCAGGCUGAAAGGUACGAGAUCUUUCUGGAGAGCCUGUUGCACUUCUGCCGCGAAUUGUUCAACAGCCGGGACGAAGUACUGAGGCCGCCCGAUCAACCCACGAUCCGAUCCAGGCGCUGGGUGGCUUACGUCACCUUCCUCUCUGAGCUCCUCGACGGUCUUUCCGGAGGAUAUGGCGAGAACAUGGCCAGGUCUUACCGCAGUGGCGCCGCCUCCGCGGCGAAAGCAAGAAGCAUGAUUGUGCUUGCCACUCUGCUAUGUGUCAGCUGCCACACCAUUCUGCAGCCGCCGUCACUUUACAAUCCUACCGAGAUGGACUGCCUCCGGACGGCACUGAUCACCGCUGGCGCUGCCUUGGAGCGUGUGGCCCCGGAGCGACUAGCGGCCCUGAUGCGAGAGAUCCACGCCACCUUGCAAAUGCAGGGCCUGCCGAUCCGGUCACGCCAUGUGCUGCUCGAAUUGACCGAGCUCCAGGCUUCGGGCUGGCAGCUUAGCCCUGCGCAGCAGCCCGAUUUGUCAAGUGGCACGGGUCGUUAGUGCUGUAAUAAGUCCAACGGCUCUCCCAACGACAUUCUUUGCGAGGAUCGGCAUCAAGAACUCUGCGUCGCAACAGGAACGCCCUGCAAGCAGCGGCGUUGUAGUACCCCGUUUUCGGCCGUAAGACACGUCCGACAGGAAUGACGCUGAGCGCUGAGACAUGAUAAAUGUGUUUUCUGGGCCACCUAAAUAUU